CUCCGUCAUUUCCUUCCCAACCAAGCGGCUCCGUUGCUAAGAAGAACACCUGCUGCCUAGUUACCGACGCUUCAGCACAAGGACAGCGGCUACUGACCUUAAAUUUAGGCCAAAAUACCGGGUUUUUUUUAACGGGUUUUUGUAACAACUGAAACAACACCGCCAUUAGAUCUAGCCCAGAAUACCGUGUUUUUGUAACGACUGAAACUCCACCGUAAUGGCGAACCCCCACCGGACCAACGUUUUGGUCACGUCGUGUCUGAAAACGCCGGUUGACCCGCACACCAAGGCGCCGUUAGCGUCUUACGAGCGGGAGAGAGUGCUGCCGUACUCGGACACAAGUCUCAUGGACAACCGGGACUACGAGAACGAAGAGCUGGACUAUGAGGACUCGGGCUCUGAUUUCUGCGAUGAGGACCACGUGGGGAAGGGCGGUCCUCUCGUGAUGACCGACUUCAGAGCGGCGGGAGACCGCCUGGAUCUGAGCGAAAUCUUCUUCUCCAACGAGGAGUACUACAGCAAGCUGGAGGAGCUGAAGAAGGCGCACCUGCGCACCAUGGCGGAGCUGGAGAGCAUGUAUCGGCGGAAGCUGCAGCUCCAGGCCGUGGAGCCGCUGGACGUGACCACGCUGGAGACAGGAGGGCACAGACCAGCGUGGUCCAACAGCAGCCCAGCGGCUUCACGCCGUUUGAGGAAGUCUCACUCUGCUGUUGAGCUCCGGAGGGCCUCGGGACAUUCAGACUCUUCAGACGAAGACGAAGCUGCCGGUAACAAUGUGGAGAAAGGCCUCCUUUUCUCUCCAGAAGAGCACAUCAAGAACAUGUGGCAGGACUUCAAGCUCUCCCUUCACAACCCCCACCUGUCGUCCUCCUCCAUGCACAGCCUGCCGACAGACCAGAGGACACCACGGAAGGCCACAGGAAAGAAGAAGACACAGGGGCAGAAAGACGGCGAGCACUGGAAACACAGACUGACCGUCCCGAAACCUUUCCAGAUGAUGCUGCGCGACUCGGACCGGCAGAGGAGCGGCUCAAAGACGCGCUCGGAGAUCGAGCAGGAGAACUCAGAGCUGCGAAAGCAGCUGGAAGAACUGAGAGAGUGUCAGAAGAAGUUCCGCGCCAGCCCGGCGCCGGCUCACCUUCACCUCCCGCUUUACGACGAGCUGCAGGAGCGCGGCGAGGGACGGCGGCGGACCAAAGAGCGAGAAGACGCGCAUCUUCAAACCGUCCAGAAGCCCUUCAGCUUCCUGGAGAGGGAGCGCAAGAAGAAGGAGCAGAAGCAGCAGCUGCAUCAGCCCCGACUGUCCGACCAGGAGAAAGUCAAACCCUUCAAGGCCAAGCCCGUGCCCAAGGCCGUGUACGCGGCGGCGUCGGGGGAGCAGAUGAAGGAGGAGCAGCUGUACCGGUCCAUCAAGAUCCAGAUGAGAGCUCAGGAGAUGCUCCACAGCGCCUCGAUGCCUCCCAGCAUGCUGGAACGGCGACUCAGCGGCCGCAAGAAGACCAAGGACGGCAGCGCCGCAGCCGGAGGGGACGACAGCUUCUCCCACAGGCCCCAUAUCAACAAGCAGGUCCCCGACUUCGACGCCAGUUACAGACGCUUCAAGAAGCACCUGGAGAAACAGAAAGAGGUGAAGCCCACAACCGCGUGCGAACCCUUCGAGUUGAGGACGUCGCACAUCACGUCGCACCGUGAACGCAUCCUGGCCGACAUCGAGAAGGAGCAGAGCAGCCCUCGGACGAUGAGGCGCUGGCCGUACGUCGGCCCCGGGACGCCGCGCACGCCAAACUCGAGUCGGUGUUCGUCCCUCUCCGGCAGCCUGGAGUUCCUGCCCACCAAAGUCACGGAUGCCACCAAAAAGAGGCAUGAGGCUGUGAGGAAGGUGCUGGAGCAGAGGAGGAAGGCCGAGGAGGAGGAGGAGCGGUGGAGGGAGAAGCAGAAACAGCGGGAGAAGAAGCUGCAGGGGGUGGUGUUGAAACGUGCCCAGGCCAACGACCCCCACCUGGCUCUCUCACAGACGCACCCGACCAAACUCAAAGAAUUCAGGAAACAGGAGCUUCAGCGUAAGAAGGAGUACAAGCAGGAGAUAAAAGAGAUGAAGCAGAGAGUGAAGGGGAGGCCGCUGCUCUUGGAGCAGGUUGCACAGAGGAACGCCAAACAGGCAGCGGAGAAGCGCUACACAGACGCCCUGCAUGGAUGUGAUCUGACUGAAGAGUUUGUCAGCAGCAAGGCCGUUAAAUCAGGAUGUGCAGGCAAAGCCUCCCCGUCCACUGAGAGCAAACAGAGUGACCAGGAGGAGCCAGACAUGGGGUACAAACCUGUUCACUACAGGAGGGUCUUCCUGGACGAUGAGGACGCAGAAGCCGAUCCGGACGACAAGGAAGCAGCGAGCACCAAGACUUCACUGAACCGCCGUGAUGGCGAGGACGCCAGCGCCAGUCACCACUCAGAGCGGGAUUCCCGUAGAGAUGACGACGACGAUGAUGAUGCUGAUGAUGAUGAUGAGGAGGACCAUGAUUCAGAGGAAAGUUACCACUACUCAGACGAUCAUGAGAACUAUUCUGACGACAGCGAGCACGACGCCGACACCACACAGCAGGAAGUAGGGAAGUGAGAUAAUUGGCCAUGGCUAUGUUCAAAAACUCUGACAGAAAGCACAUCAAGUGCAGAGGAAGCAUCUAAUUCCUGGAAUGACAAGAUGUGAUGUUUUAUUGUAAAUAUCGUGCACUUAAGAAUAGAAAACCUCU